CGACAAGACGUCUGCACGGACAAUUAUAAAUUUCGGCUUCCUCCACAUCUCCAGAAACAAGUUCAGAGUUCUCUUCUUCUCUGUUUUAUUUUCUUGGUCACCAAACACUAAUUUCUUCUUCUUUUUAACCCAACGACCUUCUGGGUUUUCUUCAAUCUCAAGAAAAAGGAAGAGGAAGAGGAAGAGGAAGAGGAAGAAGAGAAAAAGUUCACAUUUUUUUCCUUGUGGGUUCUUUGCUCAGACUUGAUUUUCUUCCUGCCAGAUUGUCCUGAAUUUCUGGCAGAAUUUUUUUGAAGAUAUGGAGGACAAAGAAUAUGUGGUUUCUGUUCCAACACUCCUCAGAAAGUUAUCAUCGCGUGAAAUCACUGGAUUUGAUGUCAACAAGACGGGUAUUGCGAAUGAUCGAUUUGAAUUGAGUCGGUAUCAGUCCUGCAACUCAUCAGAAGCCACAGAAACAGAAACAAAUGCUACUCAAAGACAGAGUAUUGAGUCUGAACCUGUUGGUCAUCAGAGGAAGCCAUCUCUUUCGGUUAGCUUGCCUACUUCUCCAACGAAAAUUGGCUUAAACGACACGAAAGAAGUGUUCUUCACCCCGGAAAUUCCAAGUUCUUCUGCUGUAUUUGAGAUUGCUGACAUGCAGUCGAAGACAGUCCAAUUCCAUUCUCAGCCAAUGCCAAAAGGAUUUCCAUCUGUGGAGCCAGCUAAAUUAGAUAAACUCCCUAUCAAUCCAACUGUUAAGAGGCUAAAAGAAUAUGGUCGGUAUGAUUCCUUCAAAACGUGGUCUGGAAAACUCGAGAGGCAGAUAUCGAAUCUUCGUGGAAAGCCACAGCCUAAUAGACCAGAAAAUAAAGCUGCUCAGAAUAGAGAGAAUGAAGCUUUGUCUGUAGACAGAUACUUUGAUGCCUUGGAAGGACCUGAAUUGGACACUCUCAGGGCUUCGGAGAAAAUUGUGCUUCCAGAAGACACGACAUGGCCAUUUCUUCUCCGGUUUCCCAUAUCUUCGUUCGGUAUCUGCCUUGGAGUUAGCAGCCAAGCCAUUAUGUGGAAAACCUUAGCCACUGCAGAAUCCACAAAAUUUCUGCACAUAAGCUUGAAGAUCAAUUUGAUCCUAUGGUGCAUCUCUCUGUUACUUAUUACUGUUGUUGCUUCCAUCUAUCUUUUGAAAGUAAUACUCUAUUUCGAAGCAGUUCGUCGUGAGUAUUAUCACCCGAUUCGUGUCAACUUCUUCUUUGCCCCUUGGAUAGCCCUCUUGUUCAUGGCUCUUGGCAUGCCGCCUAGAAUUUGUACCAGCCUCCCGGCUGCCCUUUGGUACGUCCUCAUGGCUCCAAUCCUUUGUCUCGAACUCAAGAUUUACGGACAAUGGAUGUCAGGUGGGCAAAGAAGGCUUUCAAAAGUGGCCAAUCCUUCGAACCAUUUAUCGAUUGUAGGGAAUUUUGUUGGAGCGCUCUUGGGUGCAUCAAUGGGGUUGAAAGAAGGUCCUAUAUUCUUCUUUGCAAUUGGGAUGGCUCACUAUACAGUCCUGUUUGUAACUCUAUAUCAGAGACUCCCAACUAAUGAAACAUUACCCAAAGAGCUCCAUCCUGUUUUCUUCCUGUUUGUUGCAGCACCAAGUGUUGCUUCAAUGGCUUGGGCAAAGAUCACCGGUUCCUUUGAUAAUGGAUCAAAGCUUGCUUACUUCAUUGCCUUGUUUCUUUAUAUAGCUCUGGUUGUUCGGGUUAACUUCUUUCGAGGAUUCAAGUUUUCAUUGGCUUGGUGGGCGUAUACUUUCCCCAUGACCGGAGCUGCCAUUUCAACGAUCAAGUAUUCGGAAGUAGUCACGAACGUGUUAACUCAAGUCCUCUCGGUGAUCCUCUCCGGAGCUGCAACACUCACUGUGACAGCUCUACUCGUGACAACAAUAGUCCAUGCUUUUGUGCUCUGGGAUCUCUUCCCUAAUGACAUCUCCAUUGCCAUUUCGGAUAGAAAACCGAAACACAAUGGAUGGUUCCGGCAUCUGAGAACCAGCAGCUCAGAAAACAUUGAACAUUACUUGAAAUUUUCAGAGACAACAAAUGGGAAAGACAUAGAAGCUGGUAAGAUUAAUAAAAUUUAAGCUCCAAAUCCUGUCAGUAGAUACAAGAGGUUCCUUGCAAAUUUUGUGAAAUCUUCGUCAAUCAAAUAUAUGAGAUGAACGCAUAAUCAGGCACGGAUUUAUGAUCGUUUCGAUGAACGUAUAUAACGAGGAAAUGAAGAUUUCUGCAGUAAGGCUAAUGUAUAAAUGAUGAGCAGUGGUAUGUACUGCGUAUAUUAGAUGAGAAAUUUUUAUGUAUAAAUAUAUGAAAGUAAUAAGUAUUUGUAUCAGUAUUAGCAAUAGAAGUUUUUUUUGCAGUUCUCAUUAGGUAGAAUUUUGGGAUCCUCUGUAAGCCUGUUUGUAUGCUGUGUGUCUAUAUAUAUCACGAUUGCAUAUUGAUAUUAAGUAUAGAACUUGGAAGAAGCACUGAGCCAAA